CCCUUUACAUGUCACGUCACUUUUCAAUCCCACUAAUUUAACUGAUUCGUUAUCGUCUUCUACUCGUCAUCCUUCCAAUUCAAUUUUCUUCGUUACUCCACCAAAAUCAGGUUUCAACUCUGAAAUUUACGAAAAUGGUGGUGACUACUACUAUGUCAGACUCCGAGGAGUACCUCCACUGCACUUUUGCUUCAAGAUAUGCCCGCACUUCUCUCCCCAGGUUCAAGAUUCCAGAGGGGUCGAUCCCGAAGGAAGCGGCAUAUCAGAUAGUGAACGAUGAAUUGAUGCUGGAUGGGAACCCACGCCUCAACUUGGCUUCUUUUGUCACAACUUGGAUGGAGCCUGAGUGCGAUAAGCUCAUAAUGGAUUCCAUUAACAAGAACUAUGUUGACAUGGAUGAGUACCCUGUCACCACCGAACUACAGAAUCGUUGUGUCAACAUGAUAGCCCAUCUUUUCCAUGCCCCUGUUGGUGAUGAUGAAACAGCAAUUGGAGUGGGUACAGUAGGAUCAUCUGAGGCAAUAAUGCUUGCAGGUCUUGCUUUUAAAAGGAAGUGGCAAGCAAAGAGAAAGGCACAGGGCAAACCUUAUGAUAACCCUAACAUUGUCACAGGAGCUAAUGUGCAGGUUUGCUGGGAGAAAUUUGCGAGGUACUUUGAGGUAGAACUGAAAGAGGUAAAACUUAAGGAAGGAUACUACGUUAUGGAUCCUGCUAAAGCAGUGGAGAUGGUAGAUGAGAACACAAUAUGUGUCGCUGCAAUUCUGGGUUCUACUUUGACAGGAGAAUUUGAGGAUGUGAAGCUCCUCAGCGAACUUUUAACAGAGAAAAACAAGGAAACCGGGUGGGACACCCCAAUCCACGUUGAUGCUGCCAGUGGAGGGUUUAUUGCUCCAUUUCUUUUCCCGGAACUUGAAUGGGAUUUUCGCUUGCCUUUGGUAAAGAGCAUCAAUGUUAGUGGCCACAAGUAUGGCCUUGUUUACGCAGGUGUUGGGUGGGUAAUAUGGCGGAACAAGGAUGACUUGCCAGAGGAGCUUGUCUUUCAUAUCAACUACCUAGGAUCUGAUCAACCUACAUUCACACUCAACUUCUCGAAAGGAUCAUGCCAAAUCAUUGCUCAGUACUAUCAGUUCAUAAGACUUGGCUUCGAGGGAUACAAGAGCAUCAUGGAGAACUGCAUGGCGAAUGCUAGGUUGCUCAGAGAAGAAAUAGCCAAAACUGGGCAGUUCGAGAUUGUUUCGAAAGAGUUUGGUGUUCCCUUGGUGGCAUUUGCUCUCAAGGACCCCAGCAGAUACACGGUUUUCCAAAUAUCAGAGUCUCUGAGAAGGUUUGGAUGGAUUGUUCCAGCAUAUACCAUGCCACCAGAUGCCGAACACAUUGCUGUAUUGCGCGUCGUGAUUCGAGAGGACUUCAGCCACACCCUGGCAGAGAGACUCGUAUCUGACAUACAGAAAGUUCUCAAGGAGUUGGAUGAAUUGCCCCCUCGGGUAUCAACUAAGGCUGCUCAUGUUUCUGUUGUGGCAGAUGAAACACAGAGUGGAAAUGUUGACCAGCCUCACCUGAAAAAAAGCGACGUGGAAACUCAGAAGGAAAUCUCGAACUAUUGGAGAAGGAUUUCGGACAAGAAAACCAGUGGUGUCUGUUAGUUUUGGACAAAGCUUCUAUCCAUUAUGCUUAUAUGGAACUGUAUGUAAUUUUAUGACCUAUUGUGUGAAAUGCAGGACUAGUUUGUGUUUGUGAUAAUGUGAUGACUUUGUUUUCCUAUAAAUAAUGGCAUACUAAUAAGCA